GCGCUUUAAUACUAUUGCGAAACAAAUCGCUUAUAAGUCCAUCGGAUUUGUUGUCUUUGUUUUUUGAAUUACUUCGUUGUAAUGAUAAGAAUUUAAGACAAUUUCUUAAGACACACAUCAUAUCCGAUAUUAAAAAUGUCAAUUCAAAGCACAAGAAUUCUAAGAUAAAUACUGUUUUGCAAAACUUCAUGUUUUCAAUGUUAAGGGAUAGCAAUAAAAUCGCGGCUAAAAUAUCGUUAGAAAUAAUGAUUGAAUUGUAUAACAAGAAUGUGUGGAAAGACGCGAAGACUGUGAAUGUGAUCGGAAGCGCCUGUUUCUCGAAAAUUACUAAAAUUUUAGUGGCAUCGCUCACAUUCUUCCUCGGCAAGGAUGAAGACCACGGAUCCGAUUCGGACAACAGUGAUUCAGACGACGACAACACUCCGAACCCAAUAGAGGUUGCGAUGGCUAAUAGAGUCAAUAAGACGACUAAAAAACGCAAGAAAUUACUCGCGAGGACUAAAAAA